GCCUGGCCAUGGGAGGGCACUCUUAAGUGGAGGUUGCAGUGAGAGGUGGGUAACAUGGUGGCUCUGGAGGAUGAGUAACUCCAGAGGGUGUGGGUGUUGGGAGAUACUGAGAAGGUGAAAAUGUCAUGUGGAGGACAGCGUCAGGUGACGUUAGGUUGGCCAGAAGGAUGGCACUGGCCAGUGGGGCCAUGUAGGGUGUGAGUGGUGUUUGGUGGUGUUGUGGGGGGGUGGGGGAUGUGAAGGGUGGGUGCGAGAGAUGGUUGACAGGAGUGAGGGGUGUGUGUCCUGGCUCUAGCCCAGGCCUGGGACCCACAGUGCCUAGGGAGCUGUCUUCUGUGGAGCCCACAUUUGCAGGGACUGGUGACCAGCCCAGCCUCCUGCACCCUCUCUCGCAGUCUUCUGAGAGCCCCUUUCUAUAGGACCUCAUCUGGCUGGGUGUCCAGAGGCAGGAGCCUGGGGCCAGGGACUGGGGGAAGAUGCAGGUGGGCAGAGCAAGGGGAUGGGUCCCUGCUAGACAGCCCACCUUUACAGGGCAGCAAUGGCACCUUCCUGCUGUCGCUGGUGGGCCCCGAUGCAGAAGCCUUUAGAGUCUCCCCAGAGCGGGCAGCAGGCUCAGCCACCGUGCAGGUGCUGGUGAGAUCAUCGGAGCUGGUGGACUACGAGAGGCAGACGGUGAUGACGGUGCAGGUCGUGGCCACAGACUCAGUCAGCCAGAACUUCUCCGUCGCCAUGGUGACCAUCCACCUUAGAGACAUUAAUGACCACAGGCCCACAUUCCCCCAGAGCUUGUACGACCUUACAGUGCCGGAGCAUAGUGCCACCGGCUAUGUGGUCACCAGCAGCAUCCACGCCACGGACCCAGACACAGGCGCGUGGGGCCAAAUUACCUAUAGCCUGCUCCCAGGAAACGGGGCAGACCUCUUCCAAGUAGAUCCCGUCUCAGGAACAAUGACAGUGAGGAAUGGCAAGCUGCUGGACCGGGAGAGCCAGGCCGUGUACUACCUGACAUUGCAGGCCACGGACGGUGGGAACCUGUCCUCCUCCACCACGCUACAGAUUCACCUGCUGGACAUCAAUGACAACGCACCUGUGGUCAGCGGCUCCUACAACAUCUUCGUCCAGGAGGAGGAGGACAACGUCUCUGUGAUCAUCCAGGUGUGAGCCCACCUGGACCUGGUGGGUGGGACUGGGGG